AUGGCGCACCACACGUACCUCGGCUUGUCAGUUGUUCUCUUAGUUGUCGCCGCAUGCUUCGCCACCACAACGGCGCGCCCUGUGAACGACAGAAACGGCGGAAAGGACGUAAAGGGCGGGGGACCCCCCGACGCGGGUCCGUGUCCGCUGCCCAAGCCGAUCGAGGCUGAGGCUCUCGGGAAUCUAACGGCCGGCGAGCCGUUCGCCGUUCCCAUGUGGAAAGGCGCAGCGGGAGAGCGGGGACAAGCCGUCGCCGCUAUUGUUGCGGCAGGUGCCACGUGGGAGAAUCUUACUCGUCCGCUGCCUCCCCCGCCCAAGGCCAAGAAGAACAAGAAAACACCGCCCGCCCCGCCUCCUCCAAAGUACACUUAUGCGCUUAACGGGACGUGGCUUAAUGCGAGUACACUUACAGCCUAUGACGGGCAGACAAUAAUGCAGCUGGUGGAUACGAUUAUUGCGAAGCCCGAUGAGAACUACGCGAAAUUAGAGACGUAUGCUUACGAGUCGGGUGCAGCUAGGGGGCAGUUCAAGUCGGAGCCGCUUCCGCCGCCGCAAAAGGACAAGAAGGGCGGAAAGAAUGGGGGCAAGAAUGGAGGGGGCAAGAAUGGAGGCGAUCAGUUUGGGACUCUUGUCGGAGCGGUGGGAACACGUCUCAAUGGCUCCAAUGCUGACCUCACUGGUGACGUCAACGCUACAGGCUGCAUUUCCCUCGUCGUCUUCCUUUCACCCCUAACUCUCUCAACGUCCCCUCACUUCUCCCACCUCUGUUUUUUUUUUGUUUUCUUGUCGCCUACUGUUACCAUCGACCCUCCUUACCCGCCUGUCCCUAGGCUGAACACCCGCCCCUCCCCUCCCCUCCCUGCCCCUCCCUACCCCUCCCUGCCCCUCCCUUCCCCUCCCUGCCCCUCCCUACCCUUCCCUACCCUUCCCUGCCCCUCCCUGCCCCUCCUUGCCCCUCCAUGCCCCUCCCUGCCUCUCCUUGACCCUCCCUGCCCCUCCCUGCCCCUCCCUGCCCCUCCCUGCCCCUCCCUGCCUCUCCUUGACCCUCCCUGCCCCUCCCUGCCCCUCCCUGCCACCCACCCCCUCAGCAACACCACAACAAACGACUACGACAUUCGUUUCCACGUCAGCGUGUCUCUAAACGACUCUGGAGAGCCCACUGGUGUCGUCAUCAAGAAAGGCGCUGAUGUGGCACUCAGCGUGGUCCCCAGCAGCGCCACGUGGACCAAUCGCACGCUCUCAGCAGCCGAGCGCGCCAAGCUGGGCGGCAAAGUCAACCCCAAGGGCAAGAAGGGCAAGCAGCCGCCUCCCCCGCCUCCCCCUCCCCUCGGAUACACUUACGAAACCACCGGCACUUGGCUAAGUGCUAGUACUUUGACGGCUGAUAACGGGCAGACGUACAAGGAGCUGGUGGAUGCCAUGCUAGCUGCUCCUGAUGCUUACUCUGCUCUUGUCUACACCAGGACGUUCGAGAACGGUGCGGCCUUUGGAGCUCUAACCAAGCUCACCAAGGGUGGUCAAGAAUCCGGCAUAUUGUCAAUUAAAACGAGGGUCCACUAG